CUUGGGCUGACAUAUUUGAUAUGCCGUUUACACAGGCAUUUAUUAAUGAAAGUUUUCGUUUCAAAACACUUCUACCAUUAAAUUUAAUGAGAAGUUCUGUAGAAAAUUCGUCAAUUUUAGGAAAUUUUAUACCAAAAAAUACGAGAGUAUUAGCAAAUAUAUGGGCCGUUCAUAACGACCCUAAGGUAUGGCUUAAUCCGCAAAUCUUUAAUCCAAAUCGAUUUCUUACCGAUGAUGGAAAGGAAGUGAUUAAAAUCGAUGCCUUAAUACCAUUUUCUACAGGAAAAGAGAUUCUGAAAACUAUUCCUUUGGUUAAGCAAUUUAAAUAA